GCGCUGGCACAGUGGGGGAUCAUGCAUGGCCGAGCGAGCGCUGCUCUGACAUUGGUUGAUUUCUUCAUGCUGAACUACACGACUUUCCACCGCUCCUGCUUAUAUUUGCCUCGUUUCAAGCGACACUUAGAAGUAUUUGUGUCCAUGCUAAGGAUUUUAUGAACUCGUUUUUUGCCACGGCACAUUUGAACGACUCCGGUUCAAGGAAAGAGCUGCUCCUAGUUCUUCAGCGGUUCUUCAGCCGUGACAAUAACAGCGACAGCGACAGCGCCGAAGACACGGACACAGAUCCGAGCGAGUACAGCGUCAAGGAAGAUUUGGCACUGUCUGUAGCCCGUUGGUUCUGUGGAGUUAAUUAUUAUUCAAAUGUUAUAGAAACAUUUCAUAGCAUAUUUAUGCAUGGACCACGCUGUUAUUAACUUGAAAAUCAACAAUUCAACGCUGCGUAGGCCUAUAGUUACAGAUACUAUUGGUGCCCAAAGAAGAGUUGAUCCGAUAGAAUAAUUAUUCGUUUGUGUAGGCUGUGGUAGACCGACUACAGGAGAAAACUAUUAUAAAGCUAAAGAUUCAUGUUUAUAAUAUCUGUGACAUUCCACAUCUUCUGCGGUUGAAGAGGAUGCGCUUGUUGCUAUGAAUACAUGACAAGAACAUUGACUGAAAUAGUAUGUAUUUUAAAAGGAUCCUCAACUAAUUAAUAAUCAAGACAUUUAACAACCAAUUGUAAUCAUUUUUUAUUCCACAAACUGGCAGUGCUUUUUUUUACUGAAUGAAAAAAACAACUUUUUACAAAUAUCAAUUCAAGCCUUAGCACAAUACCUGCCUCGUGUAAUAAUCCAAUCAAUGCGUUAUACUCGAGCAGUCAACUAAGACAUAAGGCAAUAAUAUUUGAAAAGCCUUCAGAUGUGAAUCUAAUUUCACUCUGUUCAUUUGAAGAAUUCUACCGCGCCAGACGCUGCAUCGAGAGGGACCUUGGCGUGUCCAAGUUCGGGAGCCAUGCCGCAGGUGGAAAUGAUCCUAUGCGUUUCGCUGGUGUUAUGGACGUGUGUCUACGGCCAAGAGCCGGCCUCCAAGGUGGUGUCCGACCGCUAUGCGGUCUACUGGAACCGGACCAACCCCAGGUUCUACCGGGGUGACUACCACAUCGACGUGUGUAUAAACGACUACCUGGACGUCUUCUGUCCCCACUACCUGGACUCUGUCCCAGAGGAGCGGACAGAGCACUACGUCCUCUACAUGGUCAACUACGACGGCUACAGCUCCUGUGACCACACGGCCAAGGGCUUCAAACGCUGGGAGUGUAACAGGCCCCACUCCCCAAACGGACCCCUGAAGUUCUCCGAGAAGUUCCAGCUCUUCACCCCCUUCUCUCUGGGCUUCGAGUUCCGCCCUGGCAGAGAGUACUACUACAUCUCUUCCACCAUUGCUGACAAUGGAAGGAGAAGUUGCCUACGACUGAAGGUGUUCGUCAGACCAGCAAGUAAAUACAAUUGUGUGAAAACUGUCAGUGUUCACGAUCGGGUCUUUGACGUCAAUGAUAGAGUGGACAAUUCCCUAGAACCAAGAGAUGACACCAGCCACGAGUCAGCUGAGCCAUCCCGAGGGGACGUCAACUCCGUGGGCCGGGUUCAGACCGCCGGCCUGCUGCUGACCUCCUCCCUGCUUCUCCUGGCGGCCAUCUUGUCUUCAUAGCGCCCAGCCUGAGGGUUUUAGACAGAGCGGAGUGGACCGCCCUGACUGGACCACAGGCCCCCCACAACCCCCAAGGAGCACUUUUUAACAGACAGUCUCUCUCAGUGCAAGGGAGAGGAGAGACUUAUAAGUGGAAGUCCUUUUUUAUAAACGUUGCUUUGGGGAGUUAAGAUGCCAAAAGCCUUUUUGACUCUUAUUUUGUCUUUUAAUUUCCUGUGAAUUUUGAUAUUUGAAGGCCAUGGUAUGCCGUUGAAUUUGCCCUCCCCACACCCUCUCACACACUAACAUACACACAUUCUCUCUCUCUCUCUCUCUCUCUCUCUCUCUCUCUCUCUCUCUCUCUCUCUCUCUCUCUCUCUCUCUCUCUCUCUCUCUCUCUCUCUCUCUCUCUCUCUCUCUCUCUCUCUCUCUCUCCCUCCCUCCUCUGUAGCCACAACAAACAUUUUGCAAGAUUCAACUACCGAGCAAAAACAUUUUCCAAACCCCCAAAUUACUUUGAUUGAGAAUAUGAUGAAGUCUUACAGCAAAUGACAAUUGAUCGUUUGAAGAAGGCUUGUGACUGAUCAGAUCAGCCAAUGGCAAUGAGGCCAAGGCGUACUGGCCAAUCAAAUGAGGCCAAGGUAUACAGGCCAAUAAAAUGAGGACAAGGCAUACUGGCCAAUCAACGGUGAAACAAGGAUCCAAAGCCAUGGUUGUAGCUUGGAGAAAUCCUGUUGCCAAGCGGAGGGGGGCUCUGUUAUUUUCUUUCCUUUGAAGAGUCCAUUAGAUGUUCCUCUCAGGUGAUGGGGGUUGGAUUCAAUGACUCAGAGACUGGGGGAGGAUGUUUGAGAUUAACCGGAAAAAAUACGCCCUCAUGUUUAGUACUUUCUGUCCUUUUAGGGGAAUUAGUGAUCGAUUAAUGUAUUUUUGAAAUAAAUCACAUAAUUCAAGUUUAGCGGCCAACACGGUUGUAUAUUUGCGAGGAGCGUGGGAGCUGAUAUGGUAUUUUGUCAGGCAAAUGUAUUUUCCUAUUUAUUCUUGAGUCCUUGUGCUCUGUCCCUUUUCUGAUGACCGUCCUGGUUCAGUCACUGUAACUAUAGCAGAGAGAAGCCCAAAACAUCCCACCACUAAAAAGCAUCAGUCUCUCUUUUUGUUUAGGACAGGUAUGCUCAUAUUUCAUUACUCAUACACAUUAAAUAUCUGGGCUUGGACUGUGGGCUUGGAUUGUGUUUAUCAAGCUGAGUUCAGGGAAGAGGACAGAGAGUUGCAUGUUGUAUCAGGGUGUAGGAAUGUGAGUUAUAACUGUGAUCUUCUCUGUAACAAUAAACACAAACUAUAUGUGUGCUAAAAAGUCAGCCCAUAUUACAAUCCACUACUUCUUUUGGAAACAUUGUCAUAACCUUUACCAAACUACAUUUACGUUUAUAAACACAAGGUACAGGGAUGACACCAUUCUGUAGCUAACACGAUUAGUUUCAAUUAUGUUUUUAGUAGUAUUCUUGGGUUCUUCCAGGCAAACAGCACACACUUUCAUUGAUAUUGAUGUUGAUGGGUUAGCGACCAUGCAGUGAUGAUCCACCCACACGUCCCCACAGUCCUAACUUUGCAGGAAGGUUGUGGUAACGUUGUGGACAUAAGGUUCCUCUAUAGCAGCUGCAGCUCUGGUAUGAUUUAGCCGUGUCUUUGAUGUCGUGUGGAGCAGCGUCCUUGCAGACCACAUGCUGGGGGGCCAUGCGUUGGUUAUUUCUGGAAUGGAAAGAAAAAUGACCACCAGGAGAGAGAGGGAGAGAGAAGUCCUGUUCAGUCUCUGGAUAGGUUCACUAUCAGGGGCGAGAGAGGUGUCCUGUUCAGUCUCUGGAUAGGUUCACUAUCAGGGGCGAGAGAGGUGUCCUGUUCAGUCUCUGGAUAGGUUCACUAGUAGGGGCGAGAGAGGUGUCCUGUUCAGUCUCUGGAUAGGUUCACUAUCAGGGGCGAGAGAGGUGUCCUGUUCAGUCUCUGGAUAGGUUCACUAUCAGGGGCGAGAGAGGUGUCCUGUUCAGUCUCUGGAUAGGUUCACUAGUAGGGGCGAGAGAGGUGUCCUGUUCAGUCUCUGGAUAGGUUCACUAGUAGGGGCGAGAGAGGUGUCCUGUUCAGUCUCUGGAUAGGUUCACUAGCAGGGGCGAGAGAGGUGUCCUGUUCAGUCUCUGGAUAGGUUCACUAGCAGGGGCGAGAGAGGUGUCCUGUUCAGUCUCUGGAUAGGUUCACUAGCAGGGGUGAGAGAGGUGUCCUGUUCAGUCUCUGGAUAGGUUCACUAGCAGGGGCGAGAGAGGUGUCCUGUUCAGUCUCUGGAUAGGUUCACUAUCAGGGGCGAGAGAGGUGUCCUGUUCAGUCUCUGGAUAGGUUCACUAGCAGGGGCGAGAGAGGUGUCCUGUUCAGUCUCUGGAUAGGUUCACUAGUAGGGGCGAGAGAGGUGUCCUGUUCAGUCUCUGGAUAGGUUCACUAGCAGGGGCGAGAGAGGUGUCCUGUUCAGUCUCUGGAUAGGUUCACUAUCAGGGGCGAGAGAGGUGUCCUGUUCAGUCUCUGGAUAGGUUCACUAGUAGGGGCGAGAGAGGUGUCCUGUUCAGUCUCUGGAUAGGUUCACUAGCAGGGGCGAGAGAGGUGUCCUGUUCAGUCUCUGGAUAGGUUCACUAGCAGGGGUGAGAGAGGUGUCCUGUUCAGUCUCUGGAUAGGUUCACUAGCAGGGGUGAGAGAGGUGUCCUGUUCAGUCUCUGGAUAGGUUCACUAGUAGGGGCGAGAGAGGUGUCCUGUUCAGUCUCUGGAUAGGUUCACUAGCAGGGGUGAGAGAGGUGUCCUGUUCAGUCUCUGGAUAGGUUCACUAGCAGGGGCGAGAGAGGUGUCCUGGUCAGUCUCUGGAUAGGUUCACUAGCAGGGGUGAGAGAGGUGUCCUGGUCAGUCUCUGGAUAGGUUCACUAGCAGGGGUGAGAGAGGUGUCCUGUUCAGUCUCUGGAUAGGUUCACUAUCAGGGGCGAGAGAGGUGUCCUGUUCAGUCUCUGGAUAGGUUCACUAGCAGGGGCGAGAGAAGUGUCCUGUUCAGUCUCUGGAUAGGUUCACUCGCAGGGGCGAGAGAGGUGUUCUGUUCAGUCUCUGGAUAGGUUCACUAGCAGGGGCGAGAGAGGUGUCCUGGUCAGUCUCUGGAUAGGUUCACUAGCAGGGGCGAGAGAGGUGUCCUGUUCAGUCUCUGGAUAGGUUCACUAGCAGGGGUGAGAGAGGUGUCCUGUUCAGUCUCUGGAUAGGUUCACUAGCAGGGGCGAGAGAGGUGUCCUGUUCAGUCUCUGGAUAGGUUCACUAGCAGGGGUGAGAGAGGUGUCCUGUUCAGUCUCUGGAUAGGUUCACUAGCAGGGACGAGAGAGGUGUCCUGUUCAGUCUCUGGAUAGGUUCACUAGCAGGGGCGAGAGAGGUGUCCUGUUCAGCCCAGAGGACCGGAGUGAGUGAUGAGGUGAGAGAGGCCCCAGCUGAGAUCAAUAGAAAUCGGCUUCUCAAACCCAGGAACACUCGGUAAAUAUUUCCCUCAGUCCCUUCACUAACUUAUACACAGUCUAUUUAGUGUACUGACACUCACUCACCUCCUUUGUAAAGGGUCGAAUGGACUAUCAGUGAGAAAUACAUUUAGCCUCUGCCUCUGUAGGCUGUCAUUGUGGGAUUCAGUUUGACCAAAUCUGUAGAUAGGAAAAGUUAAAAUUCAUUGUCACCGACAUUCACUUCGGUCAACAUUGGGAAAUAUGGAUCAGCUUGUCUUAUGGGUACUGUGUAUCCAGCGGUAGUCUAAUAGAACGUACAGAGCAGUGAUUCUCACACUUCUUUGAAGGGCAACCAGAGUUAAGGGAGACAUAGUUAAUGUUGUUAGUGAGAAAAAUGUAAAUGUUUGCUAUAAAAAAACAGUUGAUUUCAUUUCUAAAUGUCUUUUUGUAUGAGAAACAUGAUCAAUGUUACAGUCUAUAUCUGUCAAUUCUGAGUCCACCGUGCAGUUAGCAUUAUGUGUAAGCUUCUCAAAUAUCAACUGUGCAGUGUGUGUGUUGUGUGUUGUGUUGUGUUGUGUUGUGUGUGUGUGUGUGUGUGUGUGUGUGUGUGUGUGUGUGUGUGGAGGUUGAAGUUAAGGUCUCUGCUAUUGGAAGUGCACUAUAUCCAUCCAUGCUCAUUCCAAGAGCCAGACCACGCUCCUAUCGCUCUCCCCUUUCGACCAGACCUUUACUGAGUAGUAUUUUCAUCUGGAAUGUGGUUUAGGUGCUUAAUGUUUUGAGUUCUUGUACCUGCUUAGUUUGUCUGUGGUCUCUCCAAUGGUUUCAGAUGAAGCUUCAGUAGUUAGUAGCACCAUGUUGUUGUACCUGAAUUCAGAAGAUGGCGUGUCCAUUUUUUUGUAAAGCUUGUUGAGUGCUGGUUUUCUGUGCAUAUCACAAUGUCCGAAAUCAGUUAACUGUAAUUUUCUAUUCAAACGUUGAUGUAGAGUAUUAGAUGCAGUUUUGUUACAGGGUGAACAGUGAGUCUGAUUGGAGGAGGUCUUCGCCUGAAUUUGGUACCUGUUACUGUAGCCAUUUAGCCUGAACCUAAUGUCACUGUGCCCUCCUAUGUACCCUGUCCUACUGUAUGUAUCUGUCCCCUGUCCUCUGUCCCUGUCCUCUGGACUCUGUCCCUGGCCUCUGUCCUCUGUCCCUGUCUCCUGGCCUCUGUCCAUGUCCCUGGCCUCUGUCCCUGUCCUCUGUGCCUGUCCUCUUGUCCCAGACCUAUUGUCCUCACCUCCCCAGACUGUUGUAACUCCUCCUUCUCUUCCUGGUCUAACUCGCUUCACCAGGUUUUUCUGCAAAUGUAUUUCAUACGAAGGCCAUUAUUUGUAAAUACACGUGUUGGAGCAGCUAUGACUAACUACAACAACAACAAAAAGAUUUAAUAAAAGUUGUUUGUCAUUGUCUCUCAAA